AUGAUGACACAGGAGCUCACGUCGAGGAGCUGGACGCGCGCCUCCUUUGCCACUACAAACAUCGCGGCGAAGAGCGGAAACACCACAACCCGGCGGUCAAAGGAGUUUGGGGGCGAGACAAUGUACGCUCCCGAAAGUGACGAGUUCAGCGCCAUCACGUCGAUGUCGCAGUCGUCCUUCUCUCAGCCUCAGUCACAGAACUUGCUGGGAUCGCAGGAUGGCCAGCUGCAUCGCGUUCAACAAUGGCAAGCUGAGCGGGUACCUCCGGCUCCUAAGUCUCCUGCUCGCUGUAACGGCGAAGAAAAGUUGCUGAAGUUGGAGCAAGCUCUCACUAAGGCGUUUGUCGAGCAAACUCGCGAGCAGAAGCACCAGCAACAAAGACUGCUGGAACAGCUCACCAACCCAAUAAAGAAGUCACUUGAGGACGCCCAUGCAAAGCUUGCGAGUAGCUGCGAGAGCCAGCAGCAGCAAAAGGUGGCAGCUAAAGAGCUCGAAAAGGGCAUUUGCGCAAUGACCGAGUCAAUCACCGCGCUCCGACAAAAGGUUUUUGAAUUGCUUGCCCGUUCGCUCUGGCUGGAACUCACCAUGCCAUUUUCCAAUGUACAGAGCAAAUCAGCUUGCGCAAAAAUCCGUACGGCUGUGGUCGACGAGACAGCAGCGGUGAAAGCCGCGCUGACGGAGCUCCAUGCAAGGAUUGAGACGGUUGAAGGCAGCGUUAGGUCGUACUCGGAUCUCGUGACUCAAGUGCUCAAGGUGGAAGCAACCAAGCAUGACACACUGCUGUCAGCUGUCGCAGCUUCAUCCUGCACCUGUCCUAAAGAACUCACAUCUCCUACUAUUCAUUCGCGCGGCGCUGAUACUACUGACAGAAAGAGAAGGCGAAGCUCAUGCUUUUAUGAAAUGGCCGACAUCAAUCCUGGCAGCUUCACUCCCCCUGCAGCUAGACCACCUCCACGUACAAAGACAUACUCUUCACCUCGCUUUGAUAUCGGUACCAGACCCUGUUACGGCAGUGAAAACGACGAGUCGCGCGACGAAGAACUUCACUUCGCGCUCCGGCGUAUUGAAACUCUCCGCGCUAAGCGUCGCCAACAUCAGCACGAUCUCUAA